AUGGGCAUAUUGCCGUGGAAAGAGAGCUUGGACACUAUCGCGGACCUAUACGAGGCCGGGGCUCUGACAGCACCCAUUCUUGGGAUUCAUGGCUGGACCCUGACAGUCCGACUCCGCCUGGAUCAGCUCAACGGGGAUACCGAGCGCCAGCCAACCGGGCCUCAUGAGCCGUUCGUCAGACGGCACGACAUAGUUGAGUUUCGCAAUGCACGCUUCGUUGCGGAAACCAACAGCAUUGCUCUGGAGCGACAAGACACAACAGUGACGUUCAAGGUGGUCAUGUUGUGGCAUAGACCAGCCGACUGUCGUAGCCACGUCAGCGCCUUGAUCAUUGCAGGAAAAGACGCUACGACGUCACCUCCAACAUAUGAGAAGAUCGGCCAUAUACACUCCGCAUGGUGUGACUUCUGGAAUGAAGAACUUCGCUGUCCGAACCCAAAGCGGUACCCUGGCGCUGCGGUGGAGACAGUUUGGUUGAGGUAG